CCUGUGGUUGGCAUUUGCAAAUGGCGGACGCUCGAGGUGAGGAGGCUGAUGAAGCUCUCUUAGAACAAGCUAUUAAGAUGUCUCUUCCUAGUAAAGACGAUGAUCAAGGAGGAGAAAUAAACAGUCCCUUUGCUUCGGAACCGAAAGGUCAUCCCGAUACAUGGGAGGGACCAACGACAUUGUUUUUGGGACAAUUACAAGAAAUGGGGUUUUCGAAGAAUGCUUGCAUAAAGGGUCUUUACCACACUCAAAACAAGUCUGUAGAUGAAGCAGCUUCAUGGAUAUUGAAUAAUUCAGAUUUAGAAGACAUUGAUGAACCACUCAAGAUUGAAGCACAGCCUGACUUGGAAGUUCUUUUAUCCGAUAAAAAGGAGUAUCGCAGUUCAUGUAAAAUGGUGUUUGUAGUUAAUACUGAGUUGCGUAUGGGUGUUGGUAAGAUAGCAGCACAAGUUGGUCAUGCAUCCGUAUCUCUAUAUAGAAGGAUGUUGGCAGAUCAGAAUAAUUUAAGUCACAUUAUUCUGCAAUGGGAAAACCAUGGUCAACUCAAGGUUGUCGUUAAAGGAAACAAUGUGGCACAUUUAAUGGAUUUGGAACUUCAAGCAGAGAAAGAACGGUUGAAAACCUAUCUAGUCUAUGAUGCUGGCAGAACACAGGUAAGUUCAUGUACUUCUUUCUUGUGUGUUGUGUGCACUACUAAUGCAUGGAUCUUUUAAUGAAAAAAAUUGGCU